AUGACUUCAAUACACUACAAUAAGUCAUAAGAAUAAUAUGCCACUAAAAAUAAUAGCAGAAACCCUUUUAAUCUAAUGGUUUUAUUAAAAUUUCAUUAAUGCUUUUAUAAAAGGAAGUUUGGAUUACAAAUCUCACAAAAGAUGAAUUAUGCAAAUUAAAAGAGUAAAAACUAACAUGAGAUUUUAGCAUGUUGAAUAUCAUAGAAUGACUGACAUAGUCAUACGUGGAUCUUUAUAAGACAUGUAAAACAUUGUCGGUGGUAAAACCAUCUUUGUAAUAUAGUUUAUAAUAUCAUAAUUAACUAGUGUUUAAAAAAAAUUAGUUUAACUGACUUUGAAAUUUCAAAUAUGAAGCAUUUUAAUGUUGUUCUUUUCUUAUUAUUAACGUGGAAAUAUUAUGGGCCUGUGAAAGGGCUUAAUUUAAUCUUCCAAUGGGAGAAUACCCUAUUUCUAGAUAUUCAAAUGAGGUUUAAAGUAUGGUCUCAUAUCCAAAUGGUCACACAUAUUCAAUAUCGUGAGGCUGCUUCGAAUCCGGAUUACUUAGCUUCCAAAAAUCUGCCUACCAUUACAACAUCCUGGUGUGGUUAACCUCGUUCUGUUGCAACAUAUCUAAGAGAUAUCACUAUCUUAUGAAUCCUCUCUACCAAUUUUGGUUUUUCAUUAUGUCUCCGGCAAUGUAAACCGUUAUUAUAGUCAAAAAAAAGAAAAGAAAAUGUAAACCGCUAGGCAGACAAGCUUGCAAUAUUAGCUAGACAACCAUGAACUCUCUAUUUGUCUUAUGUUUAUCUUGGAAUGUUUAGUUUGUUUGAUCAAACUUAGUUAAUUAAAAUUUCGCAAAACUUAGGUUGUGUCAUUGUAUAAUGUAUAGUAUGAUGUAUAUAUGUAUAUAUAUGUAUGUAUCUGUAUGUGUAUUCACUUGCUAUAUCAAAUAUGUAUAUAUGUAAGUACACAUAAUUUUAUUGUAGAACACGUUUAAGAAGUAAAAAAGGAUUUGGCAGAGUUCAUAUAUGUAAAGGGAUUAAGGGAAUAUAGCCGAAGAGAGAUUAACAUAAACCAAGAAGUGGAUACAACAUUAGUUAUACCUUAAUGAUCUUGCCACAUUAACAAAAACAUUCAUCACUUGACACAGAAGAAACAGAAAACUGAAACCAAUAAGAUCAGUCAAAUAGAAGCACGAGCAACAAGGUAGCUGAAAAAAACUUCAUCUUGGUACAGCUAGAAUUGGACGAUCACUACAUUGAUGUCUGCCUUCUAUACUUGAUCAAAAGCAGUUGAUAUUAUUCUUCUAAUUUCAGCUUCUUUGUGGGGUUUCCUUUAUUCGUUUCUUCUUUUUGGACACUUUCCAAAUUAAGUUGAUUCCCCCUACAUGAGAAGAUGCAUCUGCCUCUUGUGCAAAAUCAUAUUAGUGUAAAUGUAUAAUAACCAUUGUCCGCGCCAGGAUCAGGGUCCGAGCUGUAAAUCUAUCCGCUUGAAAUUAAAGGAAAACUAGGUGGUUGCCCGCGAAUUCGCGGAUAUAAAUAUUGUAUGAAUAUAUAUAUAUUAUGUAUGCAAUGUCAUAAAUUUUGAAUAAUAAUUAGAAGAACUAACACAAUAAUUUUUACCUUCAGGUAUUUUGAAAAUCAGUCGUAAAAUUUCCAUAUAUUUGAUAAAAAUAUCAGAUGAAUAUUUAAUAAUAACAAAUGCUUGUAGAAUUAUAUAUGUAAUUAUCACAUUAACUUCUCCAACACAUAUUAUGCAUCUUCUUUAGGCUCUUCAUGUUUUUCUCGUCAUCAUUUCAUUUUUUUAUUAAAUUUUUGCUAAUAUUUUCCUAAUGUUUUACAUAUUUUUGCCAAAUAUUUAUUUAUCUCUCUAAAUAAUAAUACAAAACAUACAAUCAAUGAACCAAAAAUCUAUUUUUCAUGAAUAAUUAUAAAAAAUAAUUGAUUAUACAUGACAUUUUACUAUAUUUAUCAGUGAAAUAUAGUAAAAUAAAUAUUGCAUAAUUUAGAUAUUAUACUUGUUUGACCAAAAUUUGAGAUAGUAUGCUAAUAAUUUUUAUAUGUGAAUAUAUUUACUUGUCGACAAAAAAAGUAAACAUAUUUAGCUGAUUACUUAUUUUAUUUUACCAAAUUCAAAAUGGUCUCAGGCCUGUCCAGACAUGCUUAUAUAUGCUACGCAUAUGAUAUUUAUUACAUAAAAUACUGUUCAAAAUAGUCACUUAAAGGUUGUAUAAAUUUGAUAUUUAAGAAAUUUUCAAGCAUAAAAUGUUUUUUAAGAUUUAUUGAUGUUUAAAGAGAAAAAAAUAAUUUAUUGGCAAAGUUUUGUUUAAUGCUCCUUUGAAUGGUUAAAAGGUUUUGCAUCUGACCUAUUUAUCAAAACGUGAGCGGUAUGUGGGUUGAGAGUCUCCCUUAUCUUCCAUUCUUCUUUAGUUGUGUCGAGUUUAAUCUAGAAUUUCUUGUUUUGUUUCUUCAAUCUAAGCAGAGAAUCUACUUGUAAUUAAGUUUGAUUUUUCUGACAAUCAUACCUCUUCAUUUCACUUUUAUUAGUCUGCUUAUUGACCUUCGUUUUUAGUCGAGAGCUUUGGUCAGAGGAAGAAAGUCAUGGCCGUGUGAAGAUGUGGUAACAUCGGUUCUUCUGCAAAACAAAACAAAAAAGAUUCAAAACUGCACAACAUCAAAUAAUUAAAUGCUGAGACAUAACUUUAAUGCUAAAUCAUUUGCUAAAUAACCGUAAUACGAACUCGUAUGCACCACCUACCAAUGUAUACUGGUGAAUUUCUGUAAGCCAUCUGUAAAGUUUGCUUUAUCUUUUGCAGAAUUAUUUUGUACACAAUUUUGAUCGUUUUCCUAACUUCAAAAACCAUUAGAAUGAAGGAUAGUCUUUAUCAAGAGAAGAAAAAAGAAAAGAAGAUAUGAUGUCGUCGCUUCCAAAUCAAAAGAAUAGGAGAGAUGAAAACAUCUCUGUUACUUCGUGGAAGAAGUAAACAACUUGAAGUAAUUUUAUAAGUAAUUUUUUGUGGAAGUUAUUCAUUUAAAAUUGAUGUAAUGGAGGAGCUGGUGGUGAUAUGGCUACCCCUGUACGUAACGGUUGAGGCUGGUAGAAUAAGUUUGCUUUUUCUUUUCUGAAGUGAGAAAUAUAGUGUUUGUUUCAAUUGUUUUUUUCUUUUCAGUAUUUUAUAAAUAUAGUAAAAUGUCAUGUAUAAUCAAUUACAUUCUAUUUUUCAUUUUAAUCUCCGAUUUUUUGAUAACUCGCUAGGCCCGAGACUGCCGCCCGACUAGCGCCUAGCGUAGUUCGGAACAGGGCAUUUAGCUAUGGGUAAAGUCUGGUCGAUCGUAUCCAAAACUAAAAAAAAUCAUCACUGGUUUAACAACUUGUAAAAAACUUGUCACAGCAUAUACGUCGUACUACCUUUAGCAAACUUGUGAAUUUACAUUUUCACAAAUACCUGUAGCUUUUGAAGACUCUUACAUUAAAAUAUAAUUGUUUUGUAACGAAAAACUCUAGUUGAGUUCUUGAUCCGGUUGGUUUAGAAUGGCUACUGCAGAAAUACAUAAUCACGCUUGUGAUAUUGACAUUUGUUUGUAGUUUAAAUAUUUGGAGUUUGUAUUCUUUUUAACAACUAUUGUAUUUGAACAUCUGUUUGAUGGUGGGUUUCUUUGUCACUAAUAUAGACUAUCCCGAGUUUGAACUCGUUGAUAACGCAGAGAAAGUAUUCGUACUAUGUAAUGGACUACGUACAUGUACUGAUCCACCUAUUUGUAGGUACGAACAUACAUGUGCAAAAAAGACAUAGAUGCAUGCAGCAUGCUGGAAGUAUCUCCUCAAUUAACUCUCGGGCUUCCAACCUAAUUCGAGCAUUUUAAUUAAUUAAUCUCUCCCUACAAGAGGAGUGCCACAUAUAAAAAUUAAUAAAGUUAAACUAAGAAUCAAUCAACAGAAAUAAUUAACAACCACAAAAAUAAAAACCAUAACAUAGCACUAUCUGCUUCCCCUUUUUCAUCGUCAUAACAAACAUCCCUCAUGACAUCUUUUCCAAUACCACUUCUAUUUUCUCUCUCCUUUCACAAGGAAGGGCGUAUAUAAGAAUUCUAUUAACCAUCUAAUCAUCAAACAACACACAAAGAAAACCAAAUGGAUAUCAAGUUCUUGUUGAUCCUUGUCCUCUUGACCCUAGCCGUAGUCGCCGAAUCUGCCAAUGCCACAUGUCUUUUGACCAAAUCUUGUGCCAAUGGCCAAGGUUGCAUUGGAGACGAUGAUGUGCUCGAGUCCUUGAUGGAUUCUGAGACCAACCGGCGGCAACUAGCCGCAAGGCGCAGGUACAUUAGUUACGAAGCAAUUAAGAAGAACAAAUUGUGCAACCAUCGUGGCCAGUCUUACUACGAUUGCGAGAAGAGGAAAAGGGUUAAUCCGUACUGGCGUGGCUGCAGCGCCAUCACACAUUGCUAUAGGUACGCUUCUUAAUUUGAAGAAAUAUAUAUAUACCAACAACAUGAUCAGAGAAGCGAGAGGGCAAAUGAUGCAAACAGAAAAAAAGAACACCAGUUUUUACUCUUGAUAUUCCUCCUUUUCUAUUAGUUUUCUUUAAUUUUCUUUUAAUGCAUACAACGUCUACUUCAUAUGUUGUUCUUUUAUAUUUAUAGAUAAAUUAAUUGUACGUCUUUCGUUUGUCUAUAAUUAAGUAAUUAAAUGAUGUUUCUAUACCCUGCGGUUUAUGAAUCUGAUUCGAGCCAACUCAUUAAAACCGCAAAGUCUGAUUCAGAACAAUCAUGUGAAACAGGGAUGCUGAUUUGUUGGCAAAACAGGCUUUGAGCCUUGUAGCAGUUGACAUGGUUCCAUAACUCUUUUAUGAUUGAGCUAAGUUGAGUUCCAAAAAAAACACCUUGUGGUUUAUGCUAAAUUAAAACUUGUGUGUAGCAUAAAGUACGAAGUGUGAAGUUUAAAAAAAUUGGAAUUGUAAUUGAUGAUGACGUUUGCAUUUUAUCUUCAAACUAGUUUACCUCUCGUGCUUCGCACGAAUCAAUUAAUUCAUUGUCAUCCAAAUUAGUGAUUAUAAAAUUGUAAUGUUUAUCAAAAUAGAUUAUUAUUUUAUCACAUAUUUUCUAAUCAUAGAUAACACAUACAAUUAAAUACAUAGUACAAAAGUAUAAAUUUUAUAGAACGGGUUUAAUCUAUAAAUGUAUGUAAAAUGUGAUUAAAUCUCUUAAUUGAAUAUUUUCAUGCACACAUGUUUUCAUAUUUUAAUUAUAUAUUUGCAGAGAUUUUUAUACGAUUAGUAAAGUUAACAAAACUUUAAAUAAAUACUUAGUAAAAAGGAAUCAACCGCAUUCUCAUUUUUCUAAUUCUCUUAUAAUAUUUUUAUCACCUUUUGUUUGACAAAAGCUUUUUCAAAAAAGUAUGUUUCACAAAAGCUUGAAUUCUAUAUCCUUCCCACAUAAAACUGUAUACAAAGCUGUGUUACAGUUUUAGAUAUCAUAUUUAAAAGUGUAAUUGCGUUAACUUUUUUACCCAAGAAUAUAGCUUUUAACAAUUGAGAUUAACUUCAUAUCUAUGAUAGUAGUACUCUCUGAAACAAAACCCGGAUUUCCCAUUAUGUUGUGAAAAUAAAGUUACAAAAUAAAGGCAUAAUCUGAUAAAAUCUUCAACUUUACUUAUGCAGAAGGAAUGAUAUAGAAAUAUUUUCAGCAAAAAAAAAGAAUGUAUUAGAACAAUGAUCUCUGCCAUACAUAAAACUAAAAGAAGACAGAAGAUGGAAUGAUAAAGAAGAAGAGGAGAGUAAAGUUAUUGAAAAUUAAAAAUUGACUAAAUGAUAUAUAGGAGAUGAAAUCGUUGAUAUCGUGAUGAACUGAUGAUGAUAGUUACAGGAAAAAGGGAUUUAAUUUUUGCAGUAACAAUCAAAUGAAGCUAUAGUAUGUUUCUUGAGACUUUCUUCGUUGUUAGCAAUUUCUCUUCUAGAAACAUUUUAUGUUACCUCAAUUUGUGGUCGAUGAUUCAUCUUUUUCACAUAUGUUUCCAGUUUUCCCCAUCUAUAGCAUGUACGUAACAGAAUUUUUAAAAAUAUAAUCGACAAAAACAGAUAGGAAAUUAAUCUACAAGAGAAAAAGUGGAAUUGAUUACAUAGAUUUUCCAUCACUAUAAAUCUAUAAUAGUAAUAAUGAAUCACUUACCCUCUUGAUAACAUGAUAUGGCUCCUGGUUUUGUUACUUCAGUAACGAACUAAAAGCUUUUUUUUUGGUAAUAUAUAUAAAACUAAGAGAAGAAAACCAGUACAUUUGUAAAUUAUAUAGGAAGAAAGGAAAACAGUUUGGUAACAGAAAAAAAACGUGGGAUGAAAAAAUUUAGGAAUGGAAGUUAAGAAUUCAGAUUGCAUAAAAAUAGGAGGAGAUAGAAAAAAAAAUUUUGAUGGCUUUUAUUUUUGUAAAACUUUGCCAAGUGUUAGAUUAUGAUUGGAUAGGUGACUUGUGUUUUAUUAUACAAAGGAUACAAGUCAACAUUUUAUUUACACGACCUUUAAUACCAUAAUCCGAUACCAAUUAAUGUCAUCAGCAAUAAUAUCAAGUUCUGAUCAAUUCGUAUCUAUAAUCUGGGACGUAAACCAAAAUUUCAGUUAUAAAAAGAAAGAUAUGUGCAUGGUAAACCUGAUACAUGGUUUCCACUAUUGGUGAAUUCGGUUCUUGUAGCAUAUGCUUUUGUGCUGUAUCAAAUAUUUCUGAACGAUGGAAUGGCCCCGUUAGAUGUCCCCAUAGUUAACAUGCAAUAAUAGAUCUCUCCCAAAGAAUCUAGAAACUGAAGUGAGGAAAAAAAAAUAGGGUAUAUAUACGAAUUUGAGUUUUCUAGGUGAACUAUAUAUAUAUAUUUACCAAUUUGUUUGAGGUUUCCUUCUUGAUAUAAUUUUUCCGAUACAUGAUUUUUGGUAACAUUAAAUAAGUAUUUCUACAUCAUAAAAGUAUUCAAAGAUAAGUACUAUCCAAAACGUGGGUAAAUCUUCAAUAUAGUUGUAUACUCUUAACUUGCAAUUUUGUCUCUUACUCAAGAUAAUUACAUAAGUGAAAAUUUUAAACAACCUGAAAUUUAAAAAAAAUAAAUAUAAUUAGAAGAAAAAAAUAUGAUUUUAAUUUUAAUUUUUAAAACCGUAUUUUUAAAUAAUUUAGAUGAAUAUGGAAAAUUGCUAUGACUUCUUAUUAAAAUCAUGAGAUUUUAUUAAAACAUAAUUUUUUGUUAUUGUAUAUUUUAAUUACAAUUUACCAAAAACUUUAUAUAAAAUUCACUCUUUAAAAUAAUUUAAGAAUAAUAAAUGUAAAGUAUAUUUUCAAACCAAUAUUUCAAUAUAUAACAUGCAAUAUUCAUUUAUAUUCUUAUGGUUGGAAAUGAAUUUCCCAUCUUCAAGAAUUGCCCAAUCAAUUCUGUGACACGUGGAUAAUUUUGUUGGAAGAUUCAUGUUUAAGUCUUCAAGCAUAUACUCCAUGAACUACCUCGUAAUAACGUGACCCAGGGUAAACUCAUCAAUCAAAGCUUGUAGAAAUUGUAUCCUUUUAAAUCCUACAAAAGGGUUAAAUCAGUGAGAAGAAAAAACAAAAAGAAAAGCAAACCCAUAAGGAAGCUGGUUAAUAAGAAGAAAUGAGCCAGCACUCAACACAGAAGUCAACAAGAGAAAUCAAUACUUUAAGCUUAGUGGUUUUAGUACUAGAAUUAGUCAUUGAGCUAAUAGUAGAGUUAGGCCCAAGAGUGGUUGUAUCUAAAUAACUUGGCUGGGUAAGAAAUUGUUAGUUAGACCACAGUAUUAAAAGUUGUUAAUGUGAAAAGGUUAAUUGGUUAACAUUACUUGUAAAAAUAGACGAGUACCUAGAUGUAUGAAGUAGGAGAAGGUUUUUAAGCUAGAAGUAUUGUAUAUAGUAAAUAGAGAAAUCUAUUAUAUGUAGAUUUGUGUGUAAUGUAUCCAAAUUAUCAAUGUAGACAAUUAGUUUUUUUCACUUCUCUCUUUUAAAGUCAUUUAUGCUUUGUACCUAAGACCAAGAAUCAAGCAAAGCUUAGAGAGAAAGGUGGAGUAACUUCUUUUCAAAAAGGGGGUAACUUUUUUCUUUGUUUUUUUUUUGGAACACAACUUUCGUUAAUACUUAAACAAUCGGACUACACUUUGAAGAAGAGAUAAUCCUAGCUCUACGAGCAUUACAAUAAGACAAUACAACAUAAAAGAUAGAUAUAGAGAAACCUCUAGGAUAAAAAGACAGCGAAUUCUGAGUAAAACUCGAAUGAGUCAAAACAAGGUUCACGUCAAAGCCGGAAUAGAACAUAGUCACACUGAAUCGUGACGUUAAAAGCAGCCAAUUCACACCUCGGAAUAUCGCCGAAACGAAAUCCGUUGUAUCUUCAGACCCCGUACGGAUCGCUCCACAAGAUAACAAAACGGUUAGGAACUUGGACAACUUCAACUGCUUCAAAGCAGGAAAGGCGGCACUUCUUUGUUUAUGUUUAAAUAAAUAGAGAGAAACGUAGAAAACAAGAAAGAACAAGAGAACGAACUGAAAAGAAUGAGAUAAAGAGAAAUAACAGAAACCUAGCUGUGCCAACAUUAAAGAUCAACAAAUUCCCUAUAGGGAACCUCCAUGCACUUAACGCUCCCACCUUUGAUUCUGAAGACUAAAGGCGCCUGCCGUGUUUAGACCCAUACGCUACAAAAGCGCGUAAACCCAAAAUACCCCACAAUGCAGAGGAGACUAGAGUCAUUGACUUGUUGAUUAGGACAUGACACUUGCCGUAAAAGGUCAUUUACUAAGAGACCCACCACAGUCAAUCAAUCCAAAAUCUGAACCGAGCAAUGUUAAGUUUUCAUAGGCAUGUUUUCUUAAAUCCACUUCCUAGCAUAUCCAUAUCAUAUCAACUGGAAAAGUAAAACCCGAGUAAAAAGUGAGAAUUUUAAAACCUUUUCCUUGUAGCGGUAUAUUCAAAUUCAAGUAGUAUCCCCACUCUUUUUGAGUUUACUCCUUUCCGCCACUCCUUUUUCCUUUCUCAAUUUGUCUACUCCUUGUCAAAAACCUUUUAAGUUAACAUGCAAGUUAAAGCUUGCUUUUUUUGAAAAAUCAUGCAAGUUUACGACCAAAUUAUUAUUUUUUGGUAAUGUGAAUUUUAUAUCAAAAAGAACUUUCUUACAUCAGUUUGGUUAAUCUCUAUAAGAGCUUGAUUGGUAGAACAUUAGCAUUAGCAUUAUACUCUACAUUAUCCAAUCAAUAAUUGUUAGAAAAACAUUUAUAGAAACAUUUACUAAUUGCUAAUGCUCUCCAAAUGCUCUCUGGCCAAUGCUCUCAUAUGAAGCUUUUAGAAGAGCAUUUACAUUUAUAAUUUAUAAAAUUAAGGAAAAUCUAUAAUUAAUUCAUUUAUUUUAUUUAAUAAUAUCAUAAAAUUAUUUUUAUAUCUAGAAAAUAAAAUUUUUAUUUCUAAAAUUAAUUUACAAUAUUUUUUUUUAAA